UAGCAACUUUUUCGCAGUAGUAGUAUUCUGUUGUAAGUUUGGAUUGUCUACAAUGUAAAGAGAGUGUAUUCUCCAUUCUAUACGUCUGGUACUCUAGGUUCCCCUGAAUCCCUCAUCCAGGGAUUGGUAGAAUGUUAUGUAGCUGGCAGUCUAGUGUGCACCAUGUGUCCCUGAACACGUGUGACAAUGCGCGCUAUAGAGCUGGGGGCUGCCCGAUAUAGCGCUUCUGCAUUAUCGUAUUGGUUGUCUUUAUUAUUCGACAAUUAUUUUCCUGACGUGCCCCGGGUUGUGGUUGGCCACUUUCAGCCAUGAAGCUCAAGUCACAGGCCAAUAAAGAAAGCAGCAUGAGCGGCCGCCGGGUGUGCACAGUGCGGGGCCCGGUAGCUGCGGUUCGGCGGGAGGAGACGGAGAUGGCGGCGGGGCCGUGGUGUGGGGCUGCCUCCCUCGCCAGAGGAAACGAGACAUUACACAGAGAGAAGGAGGGGGAGGGGAGGGCGACUCUCGCCUCAUACUCCCGGCGGGAGAGCUGUACAAGCCUCACUGCACGACUGCCCCCCGCUGCCGGUCAUGUGACCUUAACGUAACCGGACAGGAAAGCACCGACAGUUUUUUUUCCCUCUCUAUUACCGCCCGCCUCUCGGAGAGGCAGACAAGACGCCGGAGGAGGAGGCAGCAGGCGCCGAGCACGGGAUCCGCAGCACACGCACGGCAGAGGCUCCAUUGAGAAGAUGGAUUUGGCCAACCAUGGACUUAUACUUUUGCAGCAGUUAAAUGCCCAGAGAGAGUUUGGAUUUUUAUGUGACUGCACUGUUGCCAUUGGCGAUGUUUACUUUAAGGCACAUAAAUCAGUCCUUGCUUCCUUUUCCAACUAUUUCAAGAUGCUCUUUGUACACCAGACAAGUGAAUGUGUUCGCUUGAAAUCAACUGAUAUCCAGCCAGACAUUUUCAGUUAUCUCUUACACCUGAUGUAUACUGGAAAAAUGGCACCUCAACUCAUCGAUCCUGUACGCCUUGAGCAAGGCAUAAAAUUUUUGCAUGCCUUUCCUCUAAUUCAAGAAGCCAGUCUUGCAAGUCAUGGUGGGUUUUCCCACCCAGAUCAGGUUUUUCCACUUGCAUCUUCUCUUUAUGGAAUUCAGAUAGCAGAUCAUCAGAUAAGACCUCCAGCAAAAGCCACCCCUGCGUCUGAGAAAACUAAUCGUGAGACUCGACCACAGACCACCAGGAUAAAUCAGGAUGCAUCAUCAGAUAAUGGGCAGAUAUCUCAGCUCCAGUCAUCACUUCCUGCAGCAAAUCGGACAAACUUAACAUUCUCUGAGCCUGUACAGGCACCGAUGUCACCAGAACCAACGUCUUCGGUCCUUCCAGCAGCUUCUUUGGAGGAAAACAGCAUGGAAGAGUCACCAAGUGAAGAACAAAACUCAUCCCUAACAAUUGCUCAUGUGAAGCCAAGCAUCAUGAAGAGAAAUGGAAGUUUCCCGAAGUAUUAUGCCUGUCAUUUGUGUGGUAGGCGCUUUAAUUUAAGAAGCAGCCUGCGGGAACACCUCCAAAUUCACACAGGAAUUCCAUUUAGCUCCUCUACUGGGCAGAAUGAAUCCAGCAUUUCCCCUACCUUCUGCAACAAUGGAUCAGAGAUGGGAAAAGAAUCAAUGGAAGCUGCUGAGACUGGCAUAAUCAGUGACAGUGAGAUGCCACAAAUCUCUGAUUCUCCAAUCAUUGAUGGGCAACAGCAGGCUGAGACACCACCACCUUCAGAUAUUGCAGAUAUAGAUAAUUUGGAACAAGCUGAUCAGGAAAGAGAAGUCAAACGUAGAAAGUAUGAGUGCACCAUUUGUGGGCGUAAGUUUAUCCAGAAAAGCCAUUGGCGGGAGCAUAUGUACAUCCACACAGGCAAGCCAUUCAAAUGCAGCACCUGUGACAAGAGCUUUUGUAGAGCAAAUCAAGCUGCAAGGCAUGUGUGCCUAAAGAGUUCUGACACCUACACAGUGGUGGAUAAGCAGACUCUAGAGCUAUGUUCCUUUGAUGAAAGUAGCCAAAUGGACAACAUGUUAGUUCAAACGAAUAAACGUUAUAAGUGUAACUUGUGUGACAAAACUUUUUCCACACCCAAUGAGGUGGUGAAACAUACGUGCCAAGGCCCAAAUUCGGACGUCUUUGCUCUUGACGAUGAAGGGAAGUCUAUCCUGUUAAGUAGCGGGGACUCGGAAGCUGCAGACGAGCACUCUAUGAUAACAUCAAUUAAAAAAGAGCAAGAAACUGCACUAGAUUAGUUUUUGAGGGCUGUGUAUAUUCUUGAUUUCCUACAUUUUAUAAAUAUAUAUAUAUAUUUUUUUUUUUACCUAGAGCAUCUUUCAUUUCUAUUCUUUCCGUCCCUUUUACUCUUCCUCUGCAGUUUGGCAGCAAAUUCCUGAGGACUUUUUAUUUUUUAUUUUUUUCUCCCCUUCUCUAAUUUCUAAUGGAACUGGAACAAUGUAAUGGCCUCCCUAAUAUCAGUAGAACUACUGAAGUUUAGAAAAAAUGUGUUUGUAGAUGAAACAUGUUUGAAAUGUAUUUGUGCAUAUUGGGGAAGCAAGUAUUUUUGGCUCAGAGAAAUUUAAAUAAAUCUAAAUGCAUACACAUUUAAUAUAUCAUGUUUGUUUUCCUCAGCGCAUGUCCUUGACAACGUGAUAUUAGGCAAGCAGUGACUGACAUACUGUUGAAAUAUAUAUAUUUUAUUUUUAUUUAGCCUGAUCAUUCAGCCUUAUUGGUAUUUAAAUAUAUAUAUAUAUAUUUUUUUUUAUAACAAGGACUACAUAGAAAAUUAAUUUCAUUUUGUUUUUGAUCAAAAUGUGAAAUUUGUGGAUGGGCUUUGUUUGAAAAUUUCACUAAUCUUUUAAGUAGAUACUAAGUUGCAGAUAAUUAUAAAAAAAAAAAAAAAAAAUGCCCAAAAAUGCAUAAGCAAAUUCACUCAGUAGUGGUUUUAGGCUGAGCUCAUACACACGUAACAAUGCUCCUUUUUUUUUUUUUUUUUGCACCACUAUUACAGCCAAAAGUUGUGCCCCGACCAAAGGACUAAGGAUCUAUAAUGCUUUCAGGUUCAAAUCAUUGACUCAUGGUCAGUUCUGGGUAGGACUAAUAUAGAUGCAAAAAAUAAAAAAAAUAUGUUGCGCUUAACUAAAUCCAGCUGAUUAAGAAAAAAAAUGCCUGGCUAACAUUGUUUUUUUUUUUUUUUUCUGUAAAUCACUAAAGUAUUGCAACCUGCUGUGCCUUACUUCUUACAUAAGUGAUACAUUCAAGAAUGAACUUCCAUUUUAAUAAAAAUUUUGCCCAAAUUAAGGUAGUCUUAGCCAAUGUCUUAACUAACUAUUGAUUAAUUUUUAGAUCCUAGAUAAUUCACCUCUAUAGCACAUGAACAUGUCCCUUGUAUGUAUAUGCUGUUUUUGUUUAGAAUACAUUGAAUGGUAAUAAAAAAGUCUAUUUUUUCCAUACUUAAUCCCUUACAUGACAAUUUUUUUUUCUGGUUUUAUCAGUGUUUUGUGUGGGUUUUUUCCCCUCAUUUUGAGCCUAGAAUACAAUUUUUUUUUUUUUUUUUAAUAUUUUUCCAUGUCUAAUUUGUUUUAAUGCUUAAAGUAUUUAAAGUAGCAUUUCUAGAAAUCGCUUUAAUUAACCUGUUGGUUGGUAUCCAUUGUCACAUACAUACUUUAUUUUUCUUUAAAAAUAAAGCAAAUUUUUUUUUUCUUUUUUAAAAAGUGGCUUGUCAUUAUGUUCAAUAGAUUGCUACACUUUGUAUUUCCAUAAAUUGACACUUGGUCACUAAUCAACCUG